CUUUGUACCUAUGUGCGUCGUGUCGCUUUUGUUCUCGCGGCGAUUAAGUUUUGAGUCGUAGUCAUAAAUGAGAAGGACUUUCAUGAGAAGGUCGAAGAUGUUAGUUUUGUUUGAAUCUCCGGCAGGAUGUGCAAUAUUUAAGGAUAAGUUGGAUAUAAACUGUGUUUCAAAUAGUAAUGUUCAAGAACUAAUGAGGUGUAUUAGAUCAAAAAUGGAUAGUUUAAUUUCUGGUAUACCAAGUAGUGAAAUGGCAAAAAUGACAUUAUGUUUUACUUACAGAUUGAAAUUCAAUCCCGAUGAAGGUGACACAAUGAUCAUUCAAGCUAUUUGUAAGUAUUCUUUAACUAUAAUACAAAUAAUAAUAAAUUACUUAUUUUAUUUCAAAUGAAAGUGCUAGACUCUU